AAGUUGAAGUGUUAUCAUAUGGAUUCUCCUCAUAAAAGCAGCGUUCCUGAGAUCGAAAAUCCACAGGAUGGGUUAGGCUGGAUAAAAGCCGCCUGUACCAUAGCGAUGAGCUGCGUUGGGGUCGGCGUCCUGGCACUGCCGCGGACUAGCGUUACUUCCGGCUGGCUUGGUAGCCUCAUCGGCCUCGGGAUCGCCGUUGCUAUCGUCUACUACACCAACAUCCUUCUGUGGCGCACCCUCCGUCUCACAGCUGAUAACGAAAAUGAAAUAACUAGAUCCUACGAGCAAGCUGGCCGAGCAACAUUCGGUAGAGUUGCUUCGAUUUAUAUCGGGUUUAUAAUACACAUAACCCUUGCUUCUGUGUGCUGUGCGAUGCUCAUCCUCCUUGGAUCUACGUGUCUGGCGAUGACUGGGGUCCUCAAUAAGCGUGUCUGGAUCGUCUUGUGGACUCUCGUCGGCAUCCCUUUCUCGUGGAUAAAGGAGAUCAAAGAUGUUGGUAUUGUCGCGGCUAUAGGGGUCCUGUCGUCCUCGGCGAUGGUGAUUGUCAUAAUUGCUGCUUCCGUUAACAAGAUGAUCGACGACGCCCCUGAUGAUCUCACGGCUGUUCCUCUAAGUGCCAUUGACUUCUUGUCGAACUUGGCCACAUACUUCUUUGUCAAUGGUUUCGCCGCUUCAACACCUACUGUGUGCUUCCACAUGAACAAACCCGAGGAUUUCCCAAAGACCUUAGCUGCAGCGAUGACAUUCAUCACGUUGGUGUAUAUGACCGUGAUGGAGUUGGGGUAUGCAGCCUAUGGCCCAUUGCUAGCACAAGUGGAUACAAUCGUCGAUGCUCUAUCCCCACCUGGCCGGUCUCUCGAUGUAUUUGGCUGGCUCAUAAAUAUUGUGGUUCUGAUUGUUCUCAUUCCGCAUUUUCUCGUUAUGUUCACGCCCACAGCGAAGCAGAUGGAUCUGCUGUGUUCUAACUUUAGCGAGAGGAGGAAGUGGUCCACCGUCAAGUCAAAGUUGCUGUGUCUAAGUGCUAGAACCUGCCUCGUGAUUCUCGAAGGACUCAUCGCCAUAGUCGUUCCCAGGGUCAGCAGCCUGGUCAGCGUGAUAGGGGCCUUCUGUAUGGUUCAGUUCUCAAUCUUUUUCCCAGUCGCGUGUUAUCAUAAGAUCAAACGGCUGCAGCAUUUGACCACGCCGAAACUUGUUGUCGUCUUUCAAAUUCUCAUUGUUGCUAUCGGCUUUGUCGUGAUGGUGAUGGGCCUUUACGGUAGCGUCACUCGAUUUUGAGAGUGAUGAAAAGGUCUUUUCAGCCAUGUUGCUCGAGCAAGUCGAGGAGCCAUAGACAUACUCAGGGGAACUGGCGGUCAGCGAUUAUGCUGUUCGCAUCUGUUUCUCCCAAGUGGUCAAGCUUUGAGGCUCCAUUGUCGUGUACCCAUUCCACGUAUCAUGUCCAGAAUCGUAUUAUUUCAGUCACUUGUCAAACUUUAUGGUGGAAUUUUUUAUUUUGCUUGGGAGGCUCCGCUGUUAGUGCUUACCGUCGGCUAGGAGCUAGGGUAUCUAAUAGCAGCUUCCAAACAGUAAGACGAAUGGUUUCCGCUGUGAGUCUCACUGGCACAGCCUUC